UAGUACACACAAGCGUGUACUCGUUACCCAACAAUUUUACGCGGUUAGGAUGCAAUGAGGCAUUGACGACAUAAGCAUUUUGUAACGGAAUUUUUGGUUCUACUUACGUUGAACGAGUUCGACCAUACUUCAUUCAUACAUCCUCGCUACCAUUGUUUUCCUGCUUUUCUGUUGGCGAAUCAAUCGUGACUAAUUGGAUCAUUGGUUUCUAUGUUGAAUAGUACGAAACAAACGUGAAAAUGGGCUUAGAUCGUAAAAGAAAAUCAAUUAAUGCUCUCCAAAGCACUGACAAAAAAAGAAAAAGCAUAGCAGAAAAAAAACCUGCUUCUUCCUCUUCAUCUUCUGAAGAUUCUGAUGAACAAUCUGAUCAUGAUAAUGGAUUAAAUAAUGAAGUAAAAAAUGAAAAUCCAACUAUUAGCCGUUGGCCUCAAGAUGACAUUCAAAAACUGUUAUCUAAAAUGGAGUUGGCACUUCCUAAGAAUGACAAUCAAACAUUUCGAAGUCGAUUUACAAAACUAGAUUGGGAUAAAAUUCAAUUUGAUAGUUAUAGUAAAGAUGAAUGUCAAUCCACUUGGUUAGCUAUUCAAGAUCAGCUUAGAACAUUUAAAACUAUAGGUGAUCUUAUUAAUGAUGCUAGAAAUUUAUUGGAAACUAAAGGCAUUGAUACAUAUCGUUCAAAAACAAAUAGAUUACAAAAACCUAGAACUGCAUACAUGUUAUUUUACACAGAACUUCUUCAAAAAUACAAAAAAAAACAUCCAGAUUUAAAAUUACCCCAGUUGACACAAAUUAUUGCUGAAAAAUAUAAUAAAUUAUCCCCUGAUAAAAAACAAACAUUAGUUGAUAGAGCACAAAAAUUAAAGACUGAAUAUAUUGAAUUGGUUGACAAAACAAAUAUAGGUUUCAAAGUUAAAGAAUCAAAUAAACCUAAAACUCCAUUUCAAAUUUUUAUGGAAUCGAAAUCUUCAAAUUUAGAAUCAGGUAAUGUUGAUAAAGUUGAAUUUCAAAACCAAUUGAAAGAAAAAUGGGAAGGUAUGUCAGAAAAGAAAAAGUCAAAAUGGAUUAAAUUGGCAAAUGAACGAGAACAGACAUAUUUAAGCAAUCUAAAAGAAGACCAUAAAAAUGAUCCUGCUUUCACUAUGCCUACAAAAAGUGCAUUAACUAAAGGUGAUAGAAAUAUUUUGGAUUCCCAAUCAGGGAAACCAAAAAAACCUCCGGUCAAUAAUUAUGGUCUUUUCUCUAAAGAAAUGUUACAAAGUAAUGCAUUAGAUGGUGUCCCUCCUAAAGAAAGAAUGGCAUUAUUGGCUAAGAAAUGGAAAGCUUUUUCUAAUGAAGAGCGGCAAAUGUAUUCAGACAAGUUGAAAGUUAUAACUGAACGAUAUAAAACUGAAUUUGAUGCAUAUUUAAAAACACUACCAGAAAAUGAACAACAAUUGGAAAUGGCUAAAAACAAAAUAAAACCUAAAAAACCGGAGCCAAAAGUUGUACCUAGAAUUAAUGCUAGAGAAGUCAUUUCAGAAAAACCCAAGGAAAAACUUAAGAAAAAAGGUACUUCACAGUAUAACUCAAAAACUAAAACGUUCAAAAAUGAACCAAAACCAGUACCUUUUAAAAAUGCAUUUGAAUUAUACAGAAGUAAAUUGGAACCUAAUGAAAAACAUCCAAUUACAAGUUUGGAAGAUUGGAACAAAAAAAAUGGAAAAAAACAACUUGCGUAUGAAAACGAGCUUAAAGCUCUUAAAAAAGAGUAUAUGAAAAAUUUGAAAGUGUUCUUAAGAUCUCUUUCCGAAGAAGAUUUGCAAUUAUAUUUACAGUUGAGAAAACCUGAAUUUUUAACUGGAAAUAAUGAUUCUAGUGCGUCGGAGGAUGAAGAAAAUUCUUCAUCUGAAGGUGAUGACAAUGAUGAUGAUGAAGAGGAUGAUGAUGAUGAUGAUGAUGAUGAUGAUGAUUCUGAGUAAAACAAAAAUAUU